AUGGCCAGUGACAGCGAAAGUGGCAGAGGGCGCUGCGAUGAAACUCUGUCAGUCCCAGGCGGAACAGUGGAAGCGCCAACGAGUCCUAUGCUGGCCGCGGCACAGAUGGCGAGCUUGAAUCUAGGCGACCCGGCUGACCUCAAGUCUCCGUGCUUCCUGCACAAUCGAUUCGCUUCCAGCAUCAACCUCGCGAGGGUCAUGGAAGAGAUCCAAGCCGAUCGCAUCAGCCAUCGCUCGCUCGUACAGACGGCAACUGGUGUGCGCGAGGUUGCCCGUCAGAUAUCCCGAACAACCAUUCGCAAAUCUGUGGAUCGCAUCAUGAUCCUGACCAAGGCGAGAGACAGCGAGUGUGUUUUAUUGACACACGUCUUGGCCCGCUGGCUGCUUAUGACACCACGAUAUGGCAAACCCCACGGUGUAACGGUCUUUGUGGAUGGGCAGCUGGAGCAUUCGAAACGAUUUGACAGCAAGGGCUUGCUGGCCUCGCUUCCCUAUGAUGCAGAGGCCAACAAUAUGCUUCGAUACUGGACGCCUGCACUAUGCAAACUCGAUCCAGAAUUGUUCGAUCUCGUCAUCACUCUUGGGGGCGACGGUACAGUGCUCUACGCAUCUUGGCUCUUCCAAGAGCGCGUCCCGCCCAUUCUGUCUUUCGCUCUCGGUUCACUCGGCUUUCUUACGAAUUUUGACUUUUCAGGCUUCAAGGCAGACCUCAAUCGGAUCUUGGACGACGGUAUGCGUGUCAACUUGCGAAUGCGCUUCACUUGUACAGUACACAAAAGACCACGACGCAGCAGAAAUAGCAGCAAUGCUCAUUCCGUUACAGGCAGGAUGAGUGCUGCUGAUAGUCCAGUGUUGGAUCAACUCAACGGGCAUGAACCAGAUCAGUCGUUUGAAGUGCUCAACGAACUUGUCGUGGAUCGUGGAACGUCACCCUUCAUAUCCAACCUUGAAUUGUGGGGUGAUGGCCAUCUAUUGACUGUUGUGCAAGCGGAUGGUUUGAUCUUGUCUACACCAACAGGCUCGACGGCCUACUCACUUUCUGCUGGUGGCUCACUUGUGCAUCCGGAAAUCUCCGCUAUGCUCUGCACGCCCGUUUGCCCACACACUUUGUCCUUCCGGCCCAUCUUGUUGCCAGAUACGAUGCAAGUUCGCGUUGUCGUGCCACGCGCGAGUCGUGCACCGGCUUUUGUCAGCUUUGAUGGUCGCUCCCGCGUUGCACUGCAUGCAGGCGAUGCCGUUUCCAUUGUUGCUAGUUGCUACCCCGUUCCCACUGUGCUCAAAGCGGAUGAAGGACCUCUUGAGUGGGUUGAGAGCGUUAGCCGGAAUCUGCGCUGGAAUGUACGUGAGAAGCAGAAACCAUGGCGCAGGCGAAAGAAGAAGCAGGUGGAUGGCGUGGACAGCGAACAGAGUUCUGCGUCUGUUGAUAUGGACGCUUGGGGCAAUGGCAAGCCUACGUCGACAGCAAGCUUCACAACGACUGCCCUCGACGAGGAUGUAGAUGAUCUUACGACGGAGGAUGAGAGCGAUGGGGAGUCUGAUGACAUCUCCUCGGAUAUCUCUGUGCCGCUCAAUUUUGGUUCAACGGUGCCUGUCAGCUCUCGUCCACGUGGAGGUAGGCCAGCACGAUCGCAGGCGCUCGAGGUCUGGGACAUUGAUGAAGAAUAA